GCCCGCCGCGGCCACACCCCCAGCCCCGACUUGGCUCCGCAGUCCGCGGUCUCGCAGAAGCUGCAGAGGUGUGCGUGGCCCCGGAGAGCUAGACGAGGUCUUCAGUUUCCUGAGGAGCUACUGGACCUAACGUGGGGAAAAGAAGAGCUGGCUGUGAUCUUUGCCCUGUCCUGGAGGCCCUAACCUUGGGCUGGAUGGCAGCACCCCCGCUGGGCCAUCUGGUGCUGACCCACCUGCUGGUAGCCCUCUUUGGCAUGGGCUCAUGGGCUGCCAUCAACGGGAUCUGGGUGGAGCUGCCUGUGGUGGUGAAAGACCUUCCUGAGGGUUGGAGUCUCCCCUCAUACCUCUCUGUGCUUGUGGCCCUAGGGAACCUGGGUCUGUUGGUGGUGACCCUGUGGAGGCGGCUGGCCCCGGGCAAGGGCGAGCGGGCCCCCAUCCAGGUGGUGCAGGCGCUGAGUGUGGUGGGCACAGCCCUGCUGGCCCCGUUGUGGUGGCACGUGACCACGGUGGCAGGGCAGGUCCACUCUGUGGCCUUCCUAGCUCUGGCCUUUGUGCUGGCACUGGCCUGCUGUGCCUCUAAUGUCACUUUCCUGCCCUUCCUCAGCCACUUGCCCCCCACCUUCUUGCGGUCUUUCUUGGGCCAGGGCCUCAGUGCCCUGCUUCCCUGUGUGCUGGCCUUAGUGCAGGGUGUGGGCCGUCUCGAGUGCCCACCAGCCCCCACCAAUGGCACUCCUGGGCCCCCCCAUGACUUCCCAGAGCGUUUUCCCGCCAGCACCUUCUUUGGAACCUUGACCGCCCUGUUGGUCAUUUCAGCUGCCGCCUUCCAGGGUCUCCUGCUGCUGUUGCCAUCACCACCGUCUGUACCUGCAGGGGGUCCAGGGCCUGGCCUGAGGGUGGGAACCCCUGGAGCAGAGGAGGAGGAAGAGGAAGAGGCCUCGCCGCUGCAGGAGUCACCCAGCCAGGUGGCAAGCAGCACCCCCAGCCCCGACCUUGCGGCCCAUAGGCUGCUCUCCGCCCGUGGAGCCUGUCUGCUGGGCCUGCUGGCCAUCACCAAUGCUCUGACCAAUGGCGUGUUGCCUGCUGUGCAGAGCUAUUCCUGCUUGCCCUAUGGGCGCCUGGCCUACCACCUGGCCGUGGUGCUGGGCAGUGCCGCCAAUCCCCUCGCCUGCUUCCUGGCCAUGGGUGUUCUGUGCAGAUCCCUGGCAGGGCUGGGGAGUCUCUCUCUGCUGGGCAUGCUCUUCGGGGCCUAUCUGAUGACACUAGCAGUCCUGAGCCCCUGCCCGCCCCUGGUGGGCACCGCUGCAGGAGUGGUUCUUGUGGUGGUGUCGUGGGUUCUGUGUCUGGGCGUGUUCUCAUACGUGAAGGUGGCUGCCAGCUCGCUGCUACAUGGUGGGGGUCAGCCGGCCUUGCUGGCAGCUGGCGUGGCCAUCCAGGUGGGCUCCCUGCUUGGCGCCGUUGCCAUGUUUCCCCCCACCAGCAUCUACCAUGUGUUCCAAAGCGGGAAGGACUGUGUGGACCUGUGUAGCUCCUAAGCCUGGCCAGGUGGGGACCUCAUUCCACCCCACCUGUCUUCAGGUUGGGGCUGCCACAGUGCCUGAGUGCCCCCAGCCCAGGGACGCGCAUCCCACACAUGGCAUGUUCAUAGAUACCUGCACCCCCACAGGAGAACCUGGCACUGCAGCCCAGGGUGGGGACCACAGAGCAGGCUCAGGGCCAAGGCCUGACUCGGGGUGUGGACUUGGUCCCGGGCCUGGGGACUGUGUGAGAUUUGUACAAUAAAGUGUUUUUAUUCUA